AAAAUUGAUAAAAAAAUGACAAGAGCAAUUAAUCUAAAAUUAUAAGAUAAGUUAAUACUAAUAGAGAUGCCAAAUGAAGCUACUUUAAAUGAUCUAUACAAGCGAGUAAUAAUGAAUUAGAGCAAUAGAUAAAAGAACAUCCUUUGACUCCGAAUCCAACUUAACUGAUUGGACUAAAAACAGUAUAAGGAGCUUUGACAUUAGAUUAUAUUCUAUCAAGACCAGAAGAUAGAAGUAUAAAUUAAUAAUGAGUAGGUUUAUUUCAAUUAAAUAAAUUGAAAUAGAAUGAGUGGCUUAUUGGAAUUUAUAAAUAGUAAACAGGAUAGUUGAGUUUGAAAGAUUUUGUAUUUGAAAAAUGUAUAGGCAAAGGUGGAACAUCAGAAGUAUAUUUGAUAAGACAUAAAGGGAAUGCAAGACUUUAUGCAUUAAAAAUGAUAAAAAAACAUUAUAUUACGGAUUGCAGACGCUUAGAAUAAGUAUUAAGAGAAAAAAAAAUAUUAUCAAAUGUACUAAAUUAGAGUCCAUUUAUUAUACCAUUAUACGCAACUUUUGCAACAAAAGAACAUUUGUGUUUCUUAAUGGAAUACAGUCCAGGAGGAGAAAUGUUCUUUCAUCUUUAAAAUUAUAGAUUUACUGAAGAUGAAGCAAAAAAAUAUUUUUGUGAAGUAAUUUGUACAUUAGAAGAGUUGCAUAAACAUAAAGUACUUUAUAGAGAUUUAAAGGUAUGUAAUAUUUAAUAUUAAAAUAUAACAGCCAGAAAAUAUUUUGAUAGAUAUUCGAGGUCAUAUAUAAUUAACAGAUUUUGGACUAUCUAAGUUAGAUUUAAUGAAUGAAGAUGUAACUCAUAGUUUUUGUGGUUCACCUGAAUAUAUGCCACCAGAAAUUGUUAGGUAACAUUAUUAACUAGUUUAGUCGUUAAGGAUAUUCAUAUCCAGCAGACUUUUACACUUUAGGUUGUUUAUUACAUGAAUUAUUGUUGGGAUUACCUCCACAUUAUUCUUAAAAUACUGAUGAAAUCUUUUAAAAAAUUAUCAAUGAAGAAUUAGAAUUACCUGAUGAUCUUACUAUAGAAGUUACUCAAUUGUUAAUCGAUUUAUUAUAAAAAGAUGUCAAUUAAAGAAUUAAAGAUUUCAAAGUCUUGAAAAAGUAUCAAUGGUUAAAUGAUGUCAAUUGGGAAACUAUUAAAAAUAAACAAUUAGAAAUGCCUAUUGAAAUAGAUAUUUAUGAAACACAUAUUCACGGAGAAUUUUUAAAUGUAGAUGUAACAGAAUUUAAUUAAAAAAAUGAAUCAGGCGAUUUAAAACCUUAAGAUGAUUUAUUUGAAUUCUUCCAUUAUAUUAAUCCUAUCUAUUAAGAUUAAUUUUUAAUAGAAUCGAAAUAAUAGAAUGUAAAAAAUAGGGCUUCAAGUGAUAUGGUAAUAGAGAAGAAAUAAAAGUUAGUUUUAAAUGACAAAUAAUCAAAUAUGAACCUUAGUUAAUUAAAAAAAUGUAAUUCAGUGAAAUAAUGUUUGAAGUCUGCUAGUUCUCCAAGAAUAAGUAAUCAAUUAUUCAAUACUGGACAUCAUAGUACUUAAAAUUCACCAAAGAAAUAAUUACAAUUGAAUUUAUAAGACAUUGAUAAUUAAUUAGCUAUGAAGACACCAAAAUAGCCAAAAUCUUUAGCUGGAACAACUCCAACAGCUGCUACUUUGGCUCUGUUGAGAAAAAGUUUUUAGACUUUGCUUAAAAAAGCUCCAUCUUUAAGAAAUUAGGAUAAUAAUCCAACUUUGAGAACUUUAUUGUCAGAAAGAUCUUUAAUGGAUAGGAACUAUGUUAAUCAUAUUAAUUAUAAUUAGAUUUAAAAAAUAUUACAAUUAUAACAUAGUAGUCCUACUAAUAGAGAAUUAUCAUAAAGACCACCUCAACAAUAACAGAAAAGAAUUUCAAGCACUUCCACACAUCUAAAAUCAUAGUUAUCAUAAUUAUCACUUUUUACUUUAUCUUCAUAAAUUACUUAAAGAGGUAGUACCUCGCAUAGACCAAAACUAAAAUAAUGA